UGGGGCUUAUAUCAUAUGGGAUCUCAGAGUUAGCCCAUCCUGUUUUUGCAACCCUUUCUUAGCAAGGUGCUGUUUCAAUGCGAUAGAUAGUUACACUAAUUGAUCAUGAUCUGUGCUGUCAGAUAUCUACAAUAUUGGUUUAUGGGUUUGACAUCAGAAAGUGUUAUCCAUCUUCUCUAACAGUGCAAGAAGUCUAUGUUAAAGAGGGAUAGUUGGUCCAAGUUUGAUUUAAGGAGGAAGAUAACACUUUGAUUGUGCAAUCCAAGUAAGAUGACCAUAUGGAUAGGCAACAUGCCUUUCAAUUUAUUGGCCUACUCCACUUCAACAAAUUCCAAAGUUUUUAAUCCUUCCAUUUAGCUUUAGUUUUUAACUUAAUGUUAGAUAAGGCCCUAUUCUUGACAAAGCUGUGUUGGCCUUCUGCGAGCAUUUUCACUAUUAUUGGCAUUUCUUUGAUUAAAAUCAAAUUUCUGCUUAAUUAUCGUCCCUCGAAGACCUCUAUAUAUACACCUUUUUUCUUGUCUCCUUUCAAGUUUGGCAUCCCCAUCUUCUGUUUUCCUUUUCUCUUCACCUCUUCGGACAAUCUUGCACUUGGUCUUGUGUAAACCAGGUGCAAUAUUGCAGCCGAGAGAGGAAGGACAAGAUGCCGGCAAUGGUGAUGUCAAAUGCGGGGCCUGGUGGUGCAAAGAAAUUUGAGGGAAGGAUCACAAUAUAUGUUGUAAUCUGUGGAAUAAUUGCAGCCACGGGAGGCCUCAUGUUUGGUUAUGACAUUGGGAUAUCAGGGGGAGUGACAUCUAUGGAUGACUUCUUGGAGGAGUUCUUCCCUGCGGUCUUUGAGAGGAAGCACAAAGCCAAGGAAGACAACUAUUGCAAGUUUGAUAACCAAAACCUUCAGCUUUUCACUUCAUCAUUGUACCUUGCUGCCUUGGUAGCCAGCUUCGUAGCUUCGAAGAUUUGCACGAAACAUGGCCGGAAGCUCACUAUGCAAGCAGCAUCAAUAUUCUUCUUGGUUGGUGUCAUCCUGAACGCAGCUGCUGUGAACAUUGCCAUGCUGAUCAUCGGAAGGAUUCUCCUCGGAGUUGGUGUUGGAUUUGCCAAUCAGGCAGUUCCUCUAUUCUUGUCGGAGAUCGCACCAGUUCACGUCCGUGGAGCCUUAAACAUCCUCUUCCAACUUGACGUGACCAUCGGGAUCUUUGUGGCGAACAUUGUAAACUACUUGGUGUCCAAUAUCCACCCCUGGGGGUGGAGACUUGCGCUUGGCUUGGCUGGAGUGCCGGCGAUGAUGCUUUGCUUGGGCUCCAUGGUGAUUGCGGAGACCCCGACGAGCCUCAUCGAGCGUGAGAUGCUUAUGGAAGGCUUGGCCAUGUUGAAGAAGAUCCGGGGGACCGACAAUGUCGAUGCAGAGUACGAGGAAAUACUACACGCCUGCGAGAUGGCACGACAGGUGAAGCAACCUUUCAAGAAUCUCAUGAAGAGAAGUAGCCGACCGCAAUUGGUUAUUGCCAUCGUGAUGCAAGUCUUCCAGCAGUUCACUGGGAUCAACGCCAUCAUGUUCUAUGCACCAGUCCUCUUUCAGACCAUCGGAUUUAAGAAUGAUGCUUCACUUCUUUCUGCGGUCAUCACGGGGAUCGUCAAUGUUCUGUCUACCGUCGUAUCAGUGGUCUUAGUGGACAAAGUCGGGAGGAGAUUCCUGCUUCUUGAAGCUUGUGGCCAGAUGUUGAUCACACAGGUGGCUAUUGGAGGCAUUUUGCUUGUGAAUUUGAAAGCAACCAAUGAGCUGGGACACGGAGUGGCAGUUUGGGUGGUGGUGCUCGUGUGCCUAUUCGUUUCGAGCUUUGCUUGGUCUUGGGGUCCACUUGGCUGGUUGAUUCCUAGUGAAACUUUCCCCCUGGCGACGAGGACCGCCGGCUAUGCCUUUGCCGUCAGCUCAAACAUGCUUUUCACUUUUGUCAUUGCCCAAGCUUUCCUAUCUAUGAUGUGUCAUCUACGUGCCGGGAUCUUCUUCUUCUUUGGUGCAUGGAUUGUGGUGAUGGGUCUGUUCGUCAUCUUCUUAUUGCCCGAGACCAAGAACGUGCCGAUCGAUGAAAUGACCGAGAAGGUUUGGAAGCAACAUUGGUUCUGGAAGAGAUUCAUGGAUGAGGAAGAAGACAAAAAACACUCCGUCUAAGACUCGAUGAUUUGUGUUUACCUUGAGGAUGUCGGGGCUAACCUCGUCAACAUGAUCUUUAUGUCGAGUUCAUUAUUUAAUACUUUUAUCGAUAUAUAAUCUUCACUUUUGAAUA